AUGUCUCAAACAGGAUUUGACAACGAACGUCGACUUUCCAAACAAACAAAAUGCCAACGAUCAUCAUCAGUAUACGCAACGAAUCGGCAGCACUGUUCUCAGGAGGGUUAUAAACGACGUUCAAGUACAUUUUCCUCUGGCAUCGAACAGAUGAUGGAAUACGUACAUCAAAAGCUCUCUCGAUCUCACGACCAAGGCAAACAAGAGUUCGAUGAUUUGAAAACAAUUAAAUAA